GGGUGCCGGUAUAGGGCUGUCCCCUGAGGGAGGGGGCAGUGAGUGUGGGAAGAGCAGCAGAAGGGGAACAGUCCCUGGGGCAAGGAUCCUGAGAGAGAGGGAGCUGAAGAAGGGGGGGGGCUAGGAGCAGCUAAAGGGGCCUGGUGGCCAGUUUGCCCUCAGAGAAGCAAGAAGCACCCUCAGCGCUCUUUGGGAAGAGGAGACAAACCAUUUCGGUCCAGAGCCAUCAUGUCCACUAGUGGUUUCACCUUCAAGGACAGGUGUGUGUCCGUGCUCUGCUGCAGAUUCUGCCAGCAGGUGCUGAGCUCGCGGGGGAUGAAGGCCGUGCUGCUGGCCAACACAGAGAUCGACCUGUACUCCACCGACAUCCCACCCACCAAUACUGUUGACUUCAUUGGAAGCUGCUAUUUCACUGACAUCUGCAAAUGCAAACUGAAGAAUAUUGCAUGUUUAAAAUGUGGCAAUGUUGUAGGUUACCAUGUGAUUGCUCCAUGCAAACCUUGCCUGCUGUCCUGUAACAAUGGCCAUUUCUGGAUGUUUCACAGCCAAGCAGUCUUUGGUAUAAACAGACUAGACUCCUCUGGUGUGAAUUUACUGCUUUGGGGCAAUUUACCAGAUUUGGAUGAAAGCACUGAUGAAGACCUGUCUGGCAUCUCUGAGGAGGAGUAUAUCAGAUAAUUAGCAGCAGUGUAUUCCCUUGUUACGUUGUAUUGCAGCUUUCUUCCCACUGUCUUAAUGUACAAACUCAAGCAAUACAGUAAACAGGAAGGCUGGCAAACCAUUUUUCAAAAAGGGUAUAAUGUAAUAUGCCUUAAGAAUCCCUCUCAGCUUUAAAAUGCGCCUAUCUGGAAAAUGAAUGGCAUACAGAUGGCCGCUACCGCUGGUUUUAGGGCUAUUUUGUUAUUAUAGUUCUAAAUCUUAAGCUGCAGGUAAGGAAAACACAGGCUUUGACACUUCUACAAGUACCAGCUGCUGCCUGUUUUUCCUUCCUAAAUAACAGCUCGGUUGUGGAUCAAAAGUCUUGGUAUCACUGAAACAAAUUUAAUUUUUACCUUUAGGGUAGUGCUACUGAGGAAUAGUUACUCUGGGUGAGCUGUGACAUUAUGAAGAGAAUUCUAUGGGCUCUAGUUAUGCCCCCUUCUGGACUCUGCCUUUUCUCUCUUCCCAUUCCACCCAUAGCCAAGAAGGUGGUAUAUGCACAGCCUCCUUUGAGGCCACAAUCAAUGCUAUCGAAAGAGUGGGCCAGCAGGGAUUGCUGAAACUGUACAGCCAUCUGUCUUCAUCCUGCUUUGGAGUUGUUUGCUUGUGAAACCACUAGGGAGAUGAGCAUUGGGAUGGUCCUGAACCUGGGUCUCUCGCCCGAGUUUUUUUCAGAGCGUAAUAAGUACUCAGUUCUGCUAAAAACUAAACUGCAUAAGAAAUUUAGAGAGUGAGAUUUGCUGCCAGUGAACAGAAUGACUGACAAAUGGUAAAUAUGGAAGUAUGCUGGGAACUGGCACACUUCCCUGCUUUAAAUGGAAAUGAAUCACGUUCAAUGAAAUAUUAGCAUAACUAUUCUUAAGAAAUGUUACACAGGUGAGGGAAACUCCUUUUGUUCUGUAGAAGUCUCCCUAUUGCGGUGACAAACUGAAAGAGAGAGAAAAGGCAUAGUUUCCAAGCAAAAUAAUCUGUAAUUAUGUUUGUAUAUUUUGUCAGUAUUAAAUGAGAGGAGCAGUAAGUAUGAUGCUGGAGUAGCGUGAGAGACAAGUUUAGGGCCAGAUUCAAUAAAAUCUCCAUCUGGCUCUUGUGCUGAUGGAAGGUAGGUAAUCUCCACAGAGUCGGUGGUGGAAGGUGGAAAGGAGGCAGCCAGACAUGGUUUGGAGUGAAAUCUAGCUUCAAGAGUACUGUUCUGCUUGCGGCUACAAAGUAACUGCUUCAGCAAGUUUACAUUCUCAAAUGAAAAAUUCUUGUUUAAGGCUAGGAGGUUCUAAGAAUAACUUUGUAAAGAAAAAUCAUCUGACCAACAACUUUUAAAAAGGUAGACAUUUACUUCAGAACAGAAAUAUUCUAUUUCAUGGGAAGGUUUCUGAAGUGACUUAUUGUACAUUUAUGUAAAGAGGGCUCUCACUAGAUGGUGCUUUAUAUGCCAAUUACAGACAGAGGGUGAGAUUUUCAGAAAUGCCUAAGUGACUUACCAAAAAUAUCA